AGAAAAUUAUACUGAGUGAAGGAAGGCAGGAAAAAAAAUCUAUACGAAUCAUUAAAGAACAACUGACGCAAAAGUUAAAAAACAACAUGGCGUCCACGAGUAUUCCAUACCCCUCAGUAAAACCUCAGCCUGAUGGCUCCCAUGAGAUCAAGUUACCAGAGGGACCAUAUGGAGUACCAGACAUGAUGCUGAAUGGCAUACAGUCCAGCAGGUCUAAACUUGGGACAGUACACCCUCUGGAAUAUUCAGAAAAACAUUGGCAGGAAAACAAACUUAAAAUGGACUUUGCAAUGUUGAGAAAUACACAGGGAAUCCAUAUGCCAUUAAGACUACAGAUGGAAAGGAGUGUAGCACAAAAAAUAAACAGACUACCAGGGAUGCACAGUUCUCAUUUAAUGAGCGAUACUUUGUCUGGACGAGAUGAAAUCAUUGACUUUGAGGAUAUUCUUAACGAUCCAGCUGAUUGUGAGGCAAUAGGGGAUGUACAUUUACUGAUGGAGAGGAAAUCUGGGCUACUGUAGCUUGUGCCAAUGUUUCAGGGUUACUGUUACCUAGUGCUAUCUCCGUCUCUUCUGUAAAUUGUCCGACCUAACACAGGAGACCUGAUGUGCUCUCUUGAACUAUUAAACAGUUUCAGAAUUGUCAUUGUCAUCUACAUAUUGUACACAUUGGUACUGUUUUUUAAAUAAAUCAAUUUGCUCUGA